AUGGAGGUAUAACCAGCAUCCCAGAAUCUCUUGACUAUAGACACACUUCGUCACAUAAAAAGUCUAGAGGACUCUGUGGCUCAAAAAAUGUAGCAACAAAUGAAUUCUGAAGAAGAUACAAGAGAGAAGAAUUCUGCUGGACCUUAGAGUUUUGAAGCUCCUGUCAUUGAGGCAGGUGGCAAGGUCAGCUUUACAGGUGAUACAUUAUAAUUUUUGGAUGUUUAAGAAAUUGACUAGGUAAUUACAACUACAAAAACAGGUGGCCUUACAGGAUCACGGGUAAGAACGUCAGAUAUAGGUCAAUCGAGGUCACUCGGUCCUAUCUGUAUUUCAAAAAAGGGUGAUAUUGAAAUGGUUUUUGACUCUAUCAAGCUCGUGAAUCCUAAAAUUCAAGGUGAAUAAAUAAUAAUGGAUGCUAAAGACGGCGUUGAAAUGCUUUAGGGCAGAAACUUCAAUUGGAGCAAUUACCAAAGCUUUAUGAUUAAUGCUUUUCAAGUUAGAAAUCAUAAAGAACCUAGAAAGAUAACUGCCUUUCUUGAAGCAACUAAAAGACGAGCAGAUUGA